GAAAUCAUGCAUCCCGUUCAAACUAAGGAAACCCUUGUUUGCGUCGGUCUCCACAUGCCGGACUAAAAACGGACACCUCGUAUCUUGAAGCAUAACGAACUUCUCUGCCAAUUGUGCGCGCGUGCCUACAAGGUUUCAUCUCACACAAUGCAAAUUAUUACUAUCUGAUGGAUCGUACUGCUCAUCCUGAGCCUCCACGGCUGCUGCGCUCGCAGGAUCCUUCUUCGCUGCCCGAGUAUCUCCGGGAACUGAAGAACUCGAAGCUAGUCACGCUUUCGUACAUCCCAGCUAGCAAAAAAAAGGCCAGAAAGCAUAUCGAAUCCGGGGUUCCUCAUGACAUCCCCAUCAGCAUACUGUCCAAGUCUCCGUCGCUUCUUAUUCCAAUCAGCACGAAACGUCGUACGCGUGCUCACAAACCAGAAAAAGCCGCCGUGCGACCGCGAAGACCUUCCAGUGCGUCGUUCACAAACUUGACACAAAAACUGGAUUUUAGCAGUCUGUUCCCAGAUCUCGUCCCGGAACUAACAAGCAUCGCGCAAAUCGGCCCCGACUGGGCAAUUACGCUUUAUUCUACAACUAUCUUCGCCAAAAAAGGAAAGAAUUGA